CCUUUUUCCCCCGCCUCCAUUUUGUUCGCGGACGCUGGGGACGGUGGGAGCAGAUCCAUUUCCGGGUUGGCAAAAGGGGCGGCGGCGAGAAAGAGAGCUUGCCGCGGGGCGAACGGGCAGGACUCAACCAGGACAGAGGUGACGGAGGACUCGCUCCCGGAGCAGGCCCGGCCAGGUAUAUGAAUGACCUAAAACUGCAAGUGAAGACGGAGAGAGAACGGUGCCAACUGGGAGCAGGGCAAGGAUGCCAAUCCCUCCUCCCCCCCCACCCCCGCCUGGUCCUCCCCCACCUCCCACUUUUAAUCAGGCAAACACAGAGCAGCCCAAACUCAGUAGAGAUGAGCAACGGAAUCGAGGGGCCCUCUUACAGGACAUUUGCAAAGGGACCAAACUGAAGAAGGUGACCAACAUUAACGAUCGGAGUGCUCCCAUCAUCGAGAAGCCCAAAGGGAGUGGUGGUGGCUACGGCCCUGGAGCUGCUGCCUUGCAGCCCAAGGGAGGUCUCUUCCAAGGAGGAGUGCCGAAGCUGCGACCUGUGGGAGCCAAGGAUGCUUCAGAGACUCUAGCUGGUAAGCCAGCCCUACAAGUCCCCAGUUCUCGAGCUGCUGCUCCAAGGCCUCCAGUGUCUACAGCCAGUGGGCGUCCUCAAGAUGAUACCGACAGCAGCCGAGCCUCCCUCCCAGAACUGCCCCGGAUGCAGAGACCCUCUUUACCGGACCUCUCUCGUCCCAAUACCACUAGCGGUACAGGCAUGAAACACAGCUCCUCCGCUCCUCCCCCACCACCUCCAGGGCGGCGUGCUAACGCGCCCCCUACUCCUCUGCCUGUGCACAGCAGCAAAGCCCAGGUCUACAACAGGGAGAAACCCUUGCCUCCAACACCUGGACAGAGGCUGCACCCCAGCCGAGAAGGACAUCCUGCUCCACCUCCUCUAAAACCACCUCCUUCCCCUGUGAAUAUCAGAACGGGACCAAGUGGCCAGUCUCUGGCUCCUCCCCCACCGCCUUACCGCCAGCCUCCUGGGGUCCCCAAUGGGCCCUCCAGCCCCACUAAUGAGUCAGCCCCGGAGCUGCCACAGAGACACAAUUCUUUGCAUAGGAAGACACCAGGGCCCGUCAGAGGCCUUGCACCUCCUCCACCCACCUCAGCCUCCCCCUUUUUGUUGAGUAACAGGCCACCUCCCCCGGCCCGAGAGCCUCCUAGUAGGGGAGCAGCUCCUCCGCCCCCACCGCCCAUGGUCCGAAAUGGGGCCAGGGAUGCUCCCCCUCCCCCCCCACCUUACCGAAUGCAUGGAUCAGAACCUCCAAGCAGAGGAAAGCCCCCACCUCCACCCUCAAGGACGCCAGCUGGGCCACCCCCUCCUCCACCACCACCCCUGAGGAAUGGCCAUAGAGACUCCAUCACCACUGUCCGUUCCUUCUUGGAUGACUUUGAGUCCAAGUACUCCUUCCACCCAGUAGAGGACUUCCCUGCUCCAGAAGAGUAUAAGCAUCUUCAAAGAGUGUACCCCAGCAAAACAAACCGAGCUGCCCGUGGAGCCCCACCUCUGCCACCCAUUCUCAGGUGAAGCCUGGCUUGGUCCUGCUCCUCAGGAAAAGGAUGGACCUCCUCUUCUCAGAUGGUCCCCCAACCCCUAAAACCUGCAUGAGAGCUCCUACAGUGUUCCUCCAGUGCAACCAACCCUAGACUCUGAGCAUCCUCCCGGCCCAGCUCCAUCUAUGCAUCUUAUCUCUGGACCUGGUGAUUGGAUUCUUUCUGUUGGCAACAGGGUCUCAGGCCCUGUGCCCAGCCCUCUUCCAGCAAGCCCUGCUAGCCAGAAGAGGGGAAAGCGUCCAUGUCUCCUGCUUUCUUCCAGGGAAAGGUGCCUUGUUACGGUGAAUGGACUCCCGUUGGGCGGGGUGGAAAUGGUACCCGUCUGUUGUUACUCACCAAGGGGGAGUAUGGUGUGUGCACUAAAUUCCAUAGUUUAGGAGGUUGGUAUGGCCAGGACUGCUGAGGAAAGGGUACUUUUCGUGAAGCAGGAAAGGGGUUUGCAGAGAAGUGAUCUGUUUUAAAGGUCAGGUUACAGAAAGGACAAGGAAAAGGAUCUUCUUUAUUUUUAAGAGUGUUUUGGUUUUGUUCUCAUCCCUCUUCUCCCCUGGAGAUCUCAAGGGGUAAGUUGUACAUACACUAAAUACUAAUCACUUGAUCUAAACAGUAAAAGAAGGGGAUGAAGUAAACUGAGAAUCAUUCCAGAGCUAGUCAGCUCUUCUGCAGCUAAGGAGCCAGGGCCAUCUGAACUCCCUGGGACCCCCUGCCCUUCCCUGGGGUGCUAGGCUGAAGGAUGUCCUUUCCCAGUCCCUCAAGACAAGAGCCACUUUUUGUUGGGUCCAUUAUUCAUAUUCCCAGUUCACAACCCCCAGAAACUUCCUGUAAGAGAUGAAAAGAGGGAGUGAGGACCUUGGCCUCAGUUUCUUCUGAUUAGCCCUGAAGUGGUCAGCAGCCCUCAGAGUCCUUCGGCCCUCGGAGAAUGCUCCAGGGAGACCAAGGAAGGAGCUCUGGAGGCUCAUAUCCACCUCACACCCAUCCGACACAACAGCUUCUCCUGUUUUCUCUGCCACCCUUAACUUCCCAAGGCUGUGGGGACUAAGACCACAGAGUAGACAAUGGCAGGAAACACGUGGGGCCUUUGAGGGCAUAUCCAGAGUCUUCUAAACCAAGAAGCACAGAGACUUAGGGAGGUGUGCCUCAGUCCAGUCAGUGGCUCUUCCUUGGUGGCCAGCAAUACAUUGUUUCUUUGUCUUCCAAGUUGUAGGUGAACAGCACAGGAAAAAUGGAUGUUCCAACUGAGAUUGGUCUAUUGGACAGUGAGUGUCUCUUCUCCAACAGCAGUGUGGGGCACGGGGACUCCACACACUGGAGAAGUUGGUUUCUUACAGUCGUCCAUGGGCAAAGGCUGCUCAAACCUUGCAAGACCGUGGGGAGACCGGAUGUUCUUUGAAUCGAAUAGGGGAAGCUAGUUAAAAACCUUCAGACACUUCACAGGGUUAAACUGUCACAGGGACCUUUCUUUUCUUUAUCAUUAUCAUUAUUAUUAUUAUUAUUUUCUAAGGCAGGGUUUCUCUGUGUAGCCCUGGCU